GAGCCAACGACCCCUGAUGGUCGAAGAAGACUGAUUAAAGGUGCUGUACCAACGCUUUUUGAGUGGAAUGGCUUUAAAGUUGAGCCACUGCGGCGUAGUGUUUGGGAGAGAACAGAGCGACCCACUGAACUUGUCCAUCUUGAGGAGCAGGAAGAGCAGGGUCUCUCAAAUGAUCAUGACUACUGCUCAGUCCCUGAACCGUCUGCAUUGGACAUGUCUGCAUCAGCUGCAGAAGACCUGUGUAAAGAGGUAGAGGAUCUGAGGAAGGAAAUACAGGAGCUGCGUGUCCAGCGUGAGUUUGGAUUACAGCGGUUUGCUGGCUCCGACACCGACAUCAGAUUCUAUACCAGAUUUCCAAGCUAUGACCAUUUGAUGGCAUUUUGGUUUUUGAUUGAGCCUUGCAUUUAUAAAAUGGUCAGGGUCUCAAGAGCCAAAUCAGCUGCCAAGAGGAAUGAAGAAGUGGUGACACCUGCACGUUCAUCAACAAGGCAGCUGCUCCAGCCAAUCGAUGAGUUCUUUCUUUUUCUCGUCUUCCUGUCGGUUGGUUUGAAGGAGAGGGACCUGGCACAUCGAUUCAACAUACACCAGUCCACAGUGAGCCGUAUUAUUGCAACAUGGACAAGUUUUCUUGCCACUGCACUGGGGUCUCAAUGCAUCUGGCUUACGCGUGCAGAAGUGCAGGCUUACCUCCCUGAGGAAUUUAAAGAUUUCCCAGACACCCAGGUCAUCCUAGACUGUACAGAGCUGAGAUGCCAAACACCAUCCUCACCACUACUCCAAAGUGAAAUGUACUCCUCAUACAAAUCCCACUGCACUAUGAAAGCCCUGGUUGGCAUAGCUCCACAUGGUGCAGUGACAUUCAUCUCUGAUCUGUAUGGUGGUUCGAUUAGUGAUAAGGAGCUAUUCAAGCAAUCAGGCAUCGCUGAGAAGUUGACCGAAGACAUGGCAGUGAUGGUUGAUAAGGGCUUUCUAAUCAGUGACUGCUGUAAGUGCAAAGUGUACUGUCCACCUUUCCUGUCUAAGCAGAAGCAGAUGCCAGCAUACCAGGUUAAGGAGACACAGGCCAUAGCCAGACUGAGAGUACAUGUGGAGCGAGUCAUUAGGAGGAUAAAACAGAACAAACUUUUUGAUGGCAUCAUCACUUUAUCACAUGUCUACAACAUCAACCAGCUGUUUGCAGUGGCAUGUAUGCUUUCAAAUUACCAGAAUACAGCUUUAGUUAAAAAAUGGGUUAAGUGA